AUGGGAUGGAUUUUUCCCCUCAGUAAAAUUUCCAAGUGGGAAAUAUAUUGACUGAACUUGAAGCAAUAUCCAACAUAUUUAAGAAGCAUGGAUUCAAAUAGAAGAGAAGGAGAAACUGAAUGUAUGCCAGUGAUUAACCCUGCAACACAGAUUGCCCAGUUGCAGGCUCUGGCUUCUGAACUUAAAAGUAGCUUCACUGAAGCAAUGCAGGAACUUUCAAGAAUUCAACAUGGAGAGUAUGCUCUUGAGGAGAAAGUUCAAAGCUGCCGGUGUGCAAUGGAGGAAAAAGUGGCCGAGAUGAAAAAUUCUCUAAAUGAUUUCAAGGAGGAGCUUAAUGAUGCCAAAUCUAUGAUUGAGGAAAUUAGUGCUAAACAAGAAGAGAUGCAGCAAAAAAUUGAGCAGCUGCAACAAGAGAAACGGAAGGAAUCUCGCAAGCUCAAAGUGAAAAGGAUUCAAAAAGAGGAGCAUGGUUCCCAGACUGUGCCUACUCCUCUGCAAGGAAGCCCCUUUCGAGCCCUGAAACUUCCAGAGCCAGUUUUAAUUAAUGAAGAUUUUGUCAAACUUCUGCACAAUGCAACAUAUGAGAAAGUCUCUGAUUGCAUGCCUAGAACACUAGGAGAAAGCAAUAUGAGAGGUGUAACCAGUACAAAUCUGGACAGAGAAGAGAACUUCACAGUUUCCUCUUCAGGUGAUGCUCCAUCAAAGGGCCAGGCAUCGUCAACAAUAUGGAAACAGGCCAAAGACAGUAAAGAUAGAAAUGAUGAAUAUAUUUCAAAGAACCUCAGUGAUCGGCAGAGGGAUGUGGCUCCAAGUAGAUAUAGCUCAGUAGAGAAUUUGAUGUGGGACUCUUCUGUUGCAGCUAAAAGGCAAAAUAUUGCUUUGGAUUUAUUAGAAUCUGAAAGAAAGUAUGUUGUCAGCCUGUCUCUUAUUCUGAAAGUUAAAUCCACAUUGCAAGGAACAGAAGUGAAAAGAAAUAUAAAGGAAAGUUUCUUCCCCAAUUCUUUGCGAUACUUGGUCCAGCAACAUGUAGAGUUACUUCAUGCCUUGCAGGAAAGAGUAUUGAGCUGGCCUCAACAAGGAAUCCUAGGAGACAUAUUUCUCAGAUUGACCAAUGAUGAGAACAGUUUUUUGGAUUAUUAUAUUGCUUACUUGAGGGACUUGCCAGAAUAUAUCUCUUUGAUCCAUGUGGUGAUUUUGAAAAAGAUUGAGGAAGAAACCAAGUCUGAUCUUUACCUAUUUUUCUUCCAUAUUGUCCAACGCAUUCCAGAAUAUCUUCUUCAUUUGCAAAACAUCCUGAAGUAUACUGAGCAAGAGCACCCAGAUUAUUAUCUUCUUCUUGUCUGUGUUCAGCGCCUGCGAGUAUUCAUUUCUCAUUACAGUCUUCUUUUCCAGUGCAAUGAAGAUUUACUAAUACAGAAACGAAAGAAACUGAGAAAAUCUUCCUUCAUAAAGUUAUAUAAAGGUCUAGCCACUCAGUGUCCCAGCAGCGGACAAGCAGCAUCUCCAACACCAAGUGCAACUUCCUUUCACAAUAGUGGAAUCCAUUCUGAAGAGACAGUCCAUCUAUUCCCAUCAACCUCCGUUUCUGGAACAACUGCUAUGCAUUUGAUGUCACACAUAAAAAAAGGUCAACAAGAAAUGGCAAACAUCCCAGGGAAACCAUGUGAGUGGGAAGUUGAUGGAAGAAAGCAUGGCAGACCAGAGAGUGCUUUAAUUCCAUCUCAGUUCAAUGAGGAGGACUUGAAGGCUCUGGCGGCUUCUCUGCAGCCUGUUCCCGAUACAGAGUUCAAUGCUGCUUCAUCGGAUAUGAAAGAAAACCCAGAGAAGUCUCACAAAGCUACUGUGGAGCUUCUGCAAGACAGCCGAAGCUUUACUCCUGAUUUUGAAGAUUUUGAAUACCAAGGGAAUACAUAUUCCAUCCCUGGGCUCUAUGAGAAAGAACCUCUGGCUAUCCUACAGACUUGCUCACCAGCCUCUUCUGAAUCGAGCAUUGACAUCUGCUUCUUGCGACCUGUGAACUUCACAAAGGAACCAGAGAAGGCACAACGCACUUUACAACCGCUUCCCAAGAGCAGUGAUCUAGAGCACAUGGGUAGCAGCACCUCCAAGCGUGAGGCUUUUCGGAGCAAGGGCAAACAACUGAGUCAGUCCUUGAAGGAGUUUCCCCGGAGUGGGUCUGAAGGCAUCAGCACAAGGCUAUAUAGUACAAGGAGCAGCAGUGGGAGUCGGCUGUCCAACUUGCAGGAGAGAGGCUUCCAGCCCCAUGAGGCCUCUGCCACCUCCAGGAGCUCCCAUUGGAACUACUUUCCUCCACAGCGAGGAGUGGGUGAAAAGCAAAGCUUUGUAGAAGAUAUGCAUUUAGAGGAUAUCCGAUUCUCUUGCAGAGAUGACAAUGAACAAACAUCUUUCAGCAGUCAUCCACCACGGCAAGAACAAAAGAGAGGCUUUCGCAGUUCCUUUCGCAAUUUUUUCAAAAAGAAAUGAGUUAUUCAAAGAAAAAUAUAUUUAUCAACAUUUAUUUACUCCUGUUAUGCUGAAGGGCUACCUAGCAUUGCAUUAACAUUCAUGCUAGUUUAUUGGUUCUGAAUUGUUAAAUGCAAAACCUUAAGAGAAUUGUGGGCUGUCACAACUUUUGGCAACUAAACUUCAGGCAGGAUUUACCUUGCAUGCUAUACAAGAGCUACAGUGUGUAAAAGUGCAUGUUUUACAGAUUUGGUUCUAUAUUAUCUUUAAAUCAAGCAUUCAAGAUGGUUAUUCAGUGCUCCUAUAUGAACUGGUUCCAUAGGAAACUUUCCAUGUCUCCAAAUAUUCAUCAGCUCAUCAAUGGACAUCUCCUUCCAGUAUCCAUUUUUAAUAGUGUGGAAAAGCGUAGCAUAAUUUUUGAUUGAUUUAUCUCUAAAAGAGCAGUUCGCCUCUUAAAGAGUAGCUUAAGAUAACAUUUAACCAUUUUACCCAGAAUAUCUAUAAUAGGAAUGUUUAUAAUUUAUUUAAGUGAUCUAGAAAUAAAAAGUAUCUAGAUCACAAGAUUCUAAACCAAAUAAUUAGGUUUUUUUCCCCUAAACAGGAAAAUGGUGCUAGACUUAUAUAUACAUUUUAAAUUGGUAUAGAUUACAUUUUACUUCAAAGUAUGUUUUAGGUGAUUAUUGCUUGCCUUUUGCUUCAAAUGAAAUUGGCCCUAAAAUACAUGGCUCAUUUGGUCAGCAAAUUCAACUGAGUAAUGUUUGUGUGAUUGUCUCAUUAUUAGUCUUUUAUAACUUAAAGACUAAUAAUGAGACAAAAAUCAAACCACCUAAUCAUGAUUGAAUACUUAUACAAUGGAUAGUGAAAGCUGGAGUUGUUUAAAAAAGUGGGAAAUAUGGAAAAAACAGUUCAAUAUCUUUUUGGAGCUAAUAACCAAUAAUAUAUUCACCAGAAACAUUUAAUCAGGAAGAGGUAAUUUGCUGCUCAUCCCAUUGGGCUGUGGCCUGGGGACCCCUGAUUUAGUUCACCUAUAUAACGUAUGCAUUCUCACAUGAUGCUAAAACACAGUGAUUAUUUGCUUUUGGCUUAGCCAAUUGUGAUGUGCGAAUGUACUAAUAAGUUGUAACAUUCUAUACCCAUUCUAAUAUUAUACUCUUUAUUAAACAACACUAUAAGUUGAAUAAAAAAAAUACAGGUAGUCCUUGAUUCACAACAGUUCAUUUAGUGACCAUUCAAAGUUAUAACGCCAUUGAAAUAAGUGACUUAUGACCAUUUUUCACGUGACCUUUGCAGCAUUCCUGGGGUCAUGUGAUCAAAAUUCAGAUGUUUGGCAAUUGACACAUAUUUACACCGGUUGCAGUGUUCCAGGGUCAUGUGAUCACCUUUUGCGACUUCCUGACAAGUCAAUGGGAAAG